AUGGCAGCCACCACAGGCUCGGGAGUAAAAGUCUCUCACCAUUUCCAACUGUUGGAAGAACUUGAAGAAAGACAGAAAGGACUAGGACAUGGCACAGUUAGCUGGGGUCUAGAAGAUGACAGAGACAUGACACUUACAAGAUGGACAGGGAUGAUAAUUGGGCCUCCAAGGGUGGACCCAAGAGCCAUAUCAGUGCUAGCAAAAUGGCAGAAUCCAUGUAGUAUCAAAGUUGUCCUGCAAGAACUUCGGUGCCUAAUGAUGACUAAAGAAAAUCUGAAACUCCCUCAACCACCUGAAGGACAGUGUUACGGCUCACGCUGCACGUCCACGCCCCUGGCUGCUGCUCGCCUGCUCCCGCCUGCCUUCCAAACCAGCCCCAGCCUCACCAAACCAACAGACUUCUCUGCUCUCCAGUGGCUGGACCCCACCUCCUCCAACGAGGUCUGA